UUCGGUGUCAAACACCAAAUCAGAAAUUUCCAAAGAGGCCUGCAGAAAUUGCUCAAAAUCUCCCUCUCUCUCUCUCUCUCUCUCCUCUCUCUCUCUCUCUCUCUACUGUACUAUUGCUUGUUGGGGUGUUUUUUAUAGUCUCUUUCUCCCUCGUUUGUUUCUUGGUACUCUCUCUCCAAGAUUUGUUUUUUUUUUGGGUCAGACUUUCCUCUUCCUCAUCAACUUCCCCCUGAUCUUGAUCGCAGACCCACCAUAUAAACCCUAGGAAUUCUUCCAACCAACGAUCCAGGUGUGGAUAAGAGACCUUCCCCUCCACACCCAUUUGCCAGGAAUCGCCGGAGCGGCCGGAAAAUUCCGAGCUUUUUCGCAAUCUGUAGGGUUCCGUCGCCGUCAAGAUCAAGAUCAAGAUCAAGAUCGGUCUGGUACCCACCAAACCCUAACCCUAGAUCUCCCCCGGGCGGAGCUGAUCGUGAUUUUCCGGGGGCAAUCGUCGUUCCGUCGAUGUCACAGCUGAAGACGAUCUCGCUCUCCCACCUGGACAAUGUACCAUCCUCGCCGGGGAAGUUCAAGCCCGACAAGUCGUUGACCUACAUCCACCGCCUGCGGCUGCACUCCUCCGUGUCCAAGCUCACCCUCUGGCUGGCCCUCUUCCUCGGCCUCCUCGUCUUCUUCUUCUUCCUCUCCCCGCCCGCCGCGUCCCCGCCGCCGCGGCGGUCCCUCGGCUCCUGGGGCGGGUCGCGCUGGGAGAAGCGGAUCCGGACGUCGGCCCGGGUCCGAUCGCGGUCCAGCUUCACGGUCCUGGUCACCGGGGCGGCCGGGUUCGUCGGCACCCACGUCUCGCUCGCCCUCAAGCGCCGCGGCGACGGCGUGAUCGGGCUCGACAAUUUCAAUGCGUACUACGACACCAGGCUCAAGAGGGCCCGGCAAGAGAUGCUGGAUCAAGCGGGGGUUUUCGUCGUCGAAGGAGAUAUCAAUGAUAAGGAUCUCCUGAAUAAGCUGUUCGAUGUGGUGCCGUUCACUCAUGUAAUGCAUCUCGCGGCGCAGGCCGGGGUGCGCUAUGCGAUGCAGAACCCGGCAUCUUAUGUCCAUAGCAACAUCGCCGGGUUUGUGAACCUUCUGGAGGUGUGCAAAUCCGCGAAUCCGCAGCCAGCGAUCGUGUGGGCUUCUUCCAGUUCGGUCUACGGGCUCAAUUCCAAGGUGCCCUUUUCAGAGAAGGACCGGACGGAUCAGCCUGCGAGUCUGUAUGCUGCCACGAAGAAGGCUGGUGAGGAAAUCGCACACACUUAUAAUCAUAUUUAUGGGUUAUCUAUCACUGGAUUGCGGUUUUUCACGGUGUAUGGACCGUGGGGUAGGCCGGACAUGGCGUACUUCUUUUUCACCGAGGAUAUCUUGAAAGGGAAGGAGAUUACAAUAUACGAAGGGCCUGAUCAUAUCUCUGUUGCUAGGGAUUUUACCUUCAUUGAUGAUAUUGUGAAGGGCUGUGUGUCUGCCUUGGAUACUGCCAAGAAAAGUACCGGGAGCGGUGGGAAGAAGAAGGGGUCUGCGCAGUUCCGAAUUUUCAAUUUGGGGAAUACAUCCCCGGUGCCCGUGACAAAGCUUGUGAACAUAUUGGAAAAGCUUUUGAAGGUUAAGGCUAGGAAGAAGUUCUUGCCUUUGCCGAGGAACGGCGAUGUGAAAUUUACACAUGCAAACAUAAGUUUGGCUCAGCGCGAGCUUGGAUAUAAGCCAACCACUGACUUGGAGACAGGGUUGAAGAAAUUUGUGAAGUGGUACAUUAGUUACAAUAAAGGGUCGAAAAGGAGUUCCUGGUGAAAUUCUAUAUGCCAGUGCUAGUUUACAAAAAUGAUAAUUGAUCUCGACAUUGACUUGGUGUCCCUGUGAUCCUUAAAUUCGAUUCUAUCUACGCUCAUUCGAUUGGUAUCAUCAUAGAAAAGGAACUGAGUCCUGUACCGUCCAGAAUUCAGCAGGAUGAAGCAUUCUUUUGCAGGGCAUUCUGAACUGUAUGUGCUAUGGUAAUUGGGAGCAUCGCACCAAUUUUUCCCAAAUAUAGGUUCCUUUCUGCACUCUAUGAUUAUUUUAGAUCUGAAAUAUUGUACAGUCCAUGACUGUAGAGAUUACAAUCAUAUGUUGAUUGUUGGAACUUUUUCUUUUCUGAUGGAUGGGAAUAAGAUUUCAAUUUGCUGCAAUGAGUUUUUCGUUUGUCUUGUUCCUGAAGUGUUUGAUGAGGUUGCCUCUAUUA